CUUACCAAUAUGUCAGCUGUCAUCUAUUGGUUAAUUUACUGUAUUUGUUUUUUAAAUUUUAAUGUUUUUACGAUUACAGGAAAGUAUUCUAGGAAUCUAAGACAUUGUUAACAGUGCCAUUAUCAAUUUUGUAAUUUCACAUUUUCGACGUGUGGAUAAGACACAUGGAAGGUUUUGAUGCUAUUUAUUAUGAAGAAGAUAUAGAAAACAAUGAAGAAAAUACCCCUUCGUUGGUUCCAGAUCCUGUUGUCAUACGAGGCGCGGGUAACAUGACAGUCUUUGGACUAAGUAAUAGAUUCAGUACUGAAUUUCCUAGUGGCUUAGUGUCUAGAGUGGCACCAGAAGAAUUCAAAGAAACUGUGCUGAGAAUUAAUGCUAUUCUCAAAAAAACUCUUCCUAUAAAUGUAAAAUGGCUAUUUUGUGGAUGUCUCUGCUGUUGCUGCACACUUGGUUGUUCGCUAUGGCCUGUUAUUUGUUUGAGUAAAAGGACUCAACAUUCCUUGAAUAAAUUGUUAGAAUGGGAGAACAAUUACUUGUAUAAUAAGUUGGGAUUGCAUUGGAGACUAAGUAAACAACAUUGUGAUUCGUCGUCCAUGAUGGAAUAUGUUAUAGUUAUAGAAUUUCUACCCAAGAUACCAAUUUAUAGGCCAGAUUAACAUUGAUUUUGUUUUAUUUUUAAGGAUACAAACUGUUGAAAUUAAGAAAAUAUUUAUUUUAAACAUUAUUUGUGCAAACCUGAACACUGCAUAUUCUAGCUCAAUUUUGUACAUACCUGUUAAAAUAGUGAAAGUUAUUCAGUUGCUUAAUUGUUUACCAUUGACUGCUAUGUUAGGCUCAAGCCAAUUGUUAAUAUGUAAAUCUAGUAUUACUCUAAAUAGCAAUGUAAUUUUCAUGUGUUAAAUUAAUUAUAAGUUUGGAAUUA